AUGGUUGUGCCUCAAGAGAACGUGUCCGUGCCAACCAACUUUGCGCUCUCCAGCGCGGAGCUGCUCUCGCUACAGCAUGAGCGCGACGCAUACUGGUGGCUCGCCGUGCUCUUCGCCGCUGCCGCCUUUGCCGCCACUGAUGACACGCUGCGGGAGUGGCUCCGGUCCAUCAAUCCUGCGCUUCAAAAGUACUCCAUAGGCCUGCGAGACUAUGGCUACGAGAAUGUGGGGCUAUUGCGCCUUUCGAAUCAAGAGGACUUUGCCGAGGGAUUGCAGGAAUGCAACGUGCAGAGGCCCCACAUCGCGCCGCUGAUGGAGGCCUUCAGACAGCUCAUGGAGGUGGAGGUGGAGGUGGAGCAGGACGCGUCGGAUUCAGAGCACCAGGGGGCGGAGGCACCGAGCGAUGACGAUGAGGUGGAGGAGGUGGCACCGCCCCGAUUGUGCUCCGGCGGCCCGCUGCUCGAGAACCUGCCGCACCUGCGGGCGCUCUGCCCGCUCAACCCCUUCCAUGCGGCGGUGAGGCCGGUCGCGGCGCCAGUCGAUGACAACGAGGCGGCCUGCCCCAACUGCUACUGCUUCGCGUGCGACGCGCCUGUGUCCGCGUGCCGCCACUGGCGGGGCGGCGACCCGAGGGUGCCGGCGCACUGCAACGCGCACGAAAGCGCCGAGUGGCGCACGCAGCGCACCACCGCCAAGCGGCGGCGCACGAUAGCGCAGCGAGCGCAAGCGUCGGCGCUGCGCGGCAACGAGGUGCUGACCAACCUGAACCUCAUCGACAACAGCAUCGGCGGAGAGGGCGCCAAGGCGCUGGUAUCCGCUCUUCGCGUCAAAGGGGUGUUGAAAGCCCUAAAGAUCGGCGGCAACGAUUUGGGCGACGAGGGCGCGAAAGCGAUUCGAGAUGCGGUUAGCGGGCAGGAAGGGUUCGAGCUCUAUAUGUGA